GAGGUGGAACACAAAGGAGAUAUUGAGUGGACGGCCGGAGAGAAUACAUCACAGAUCAGCUUUGCUCUGUUUGAUGAGGGUGACAACCGCAUGGAGAUUACUAAGGAGCAGGCAAACAAGUUCAAGUUCAACUGGUUACUCAGGUUCGACCCCUCCACCAUCAUGGAGGGGUACUUGCCCGCUAUCAAGGUCCCCAAAUCGGUGGGAGAUAUCAAGUUCUGUCAGCUGAGACUCACAGAUGGAUCGGGCCUGGAGUUUUCCUUCAACAUCAAGCCAAUCCCUGGCAAGGCCACGAAGAUCAAGUGUCAAAGCAAAAAAAGUGUAAAGGUGAAGCUUGGAGAGAUCUUAGAUGGUGAUAUUGUCGUCCAUGUCACUGAUGCCUAUGGGAACACUAUACAUGAGCUCCCUCAUGGUUCCUUGAGCAACCUCAGUGUGAAGGCAGACGAUCUAGACAUCAAAGUCCUGCAGAAAACCCUUCUACCUAACGUGGGAUUUUGCCUUCAGAACAUCAAGUUUGACGGUUCAACGCUAGGGGUCAGGGAGAUCGUAGUGGAGUACAACACCUUAACGGAUAAAAUCAAAUUAGAGGUGCUUCCCGGCCGACCGGCGAAGCUGAAUGUGAUGGGCUGGGGGCAAAAUGAGACACUGAUAGCAUAUGACGGCGUCCAGAUCAGCAAUCCAUUGGAUUUUCAAGUUUGUGAUGAAUCUGGCAAUCUAAUCUCCGAUGUUAACGCAACUAUCUCACUGCAAUAUGACAAGACAUUAAAGGUAUCUUCAAUUGUACCUCUGACAGCAAAGCCAGACAGUAAAGGUCAAGUUACCUUUGGGAAGCUGACCUUAUCCGGUCCCUGUGGGAAGUACAUGCUACAAGCGAAAAUGUCCAUGGAGUGGUCAUCCCUCUUGAGUUCUGAUCUUGCUGUUGAACUCAAGCCAGAUCCCAAGAAGGCACAUAAACUUCAGGUGGACUACAGAGAAGGGUGUGUCUACAUUGCUGGGGAUCUUUCUCCAGAUUUUGACAUCUCUUUAAUUGCUGCUGAUGAGAGCACCAUGACUAAAAUCCCUCAGGAGAAGAUUUCCAUGAGUCUAUGGGAGUCCACUACCAACGAUCAACACUCUGGUCCGCCACCACAGAGGGCGCAAAUUACAGGCAUGGACAAGCCCAGUGAGGAGGAUAGGGAAGGACAUUUCUACUGCAGAAAACGAAAACUACCCCCAAAGGCACGCAUGCAUUGGAUAAUGUUUCAAGCUUCCCUGGAUCAACAGAUGCUCUACUCUGAACCGAUUGGGUUUGACAUCCAGCCUGGUCCACCAGUAAAACUGAUCCCAGAGAUAGCCCCGCCAACUCCCAUUGUAUGCAAUACACCUCAAGCACAUAGCAGGACUCUCAGCGAAGCGCUCAGGCUACAGCUUGUGGAUGACUUUGGGAAUGUGACCGGCAAAGAUUUGACGGAUAACAUUGAAGUUCAUGUGAAAGGCAACAAUGGAGCUGAGCUGCCUAAACUCCAGGGCAAUAAGAAUGCCAAGAAGCUGCAGCGGAUGUCUCAGCUAUCGAAGGAGAGAGACACACUCACUGCUUCUAUCAAGGCAUCCAAAGAACUGUUUGAAGGGAUACAACAGCGUCUACAGAUGUCCAAAAAAUCUGCUGAGGAUGCUGCUAAGAAUGAGCUCGAGUUACGAGAAAAGUUGAGACAAUUGGGAGUCCGGGAUGCACAUAUAGCAACGAGAAAAGAAGUCCAAGAAUUAAUGACAUCUACUAACGAAACAAUUGAAGAGCUGAGGAACAAACCUAGAAGGAUUUGCAGGAUAAAGAGAUAUGAGACCCGGGAUGGUGAAAUACUCGGAAAGGUAGCACACCUGGUUGAGGUAGAAGAUGAGAAUGUUGCUUAUGUGUUAUCGUGGCAUAUGGCCUCAGAUAUUGACUGCGUCCUCACCACCACACUCGCUAAGGCCAAUGAGGUCUUUGAGAACACAAAUAUGCGUCAACAGGUUCUACCCAUCGAGUCGAUCUACAAAAACGGCCUGACCGAGUGGGACAAGCCUCUACCACACACGAGAGUACCCAUGAACCAUGGUCAAACCCCAUCAGGCAACCCUGUGUAUGCAAGGCACCUUUUAAGGUUCACUGGUCAUGAAGAGAAUUGCAAGAUAGCCUUCAGGCUCUUGCUACAAGAUAACAUACUCUUGGAUACUUUGGAUGACGCAAGAGCAUACAGACAGUCAAUUGUGAAACACAUGCACUGCCCCACUCUCCUCACCCGCGACGGCAACUGUAUCCGUGGCAGCGGAAAAUUUGGAGGAUUUCGGAACCGAUGUCCGAAAGACCUUCAGGGAUGCGUCUUUGGGGAACCUCCUCCCAAACAGUUACAAUCACUGGAGAAGCAGAUGGUGAUCCUGGAGCAGAUCAUGCAUGCCAUCGAGAGUCGUGAGCAGGCUGAGGUAGAGUACAAGGAUCAGGAGGUAGCCCUAAGAUCAGAUAAUAUGGUUACCAAGCAACGGAAUUGCCAGGAGGACGAGGAACAGCUUGCCCUCAUCAACCAGAAACUCAAAUUGGCUGUAGCUUCAAGCAAAGAUCGUUCUUCGAUUCCAAUUUCCAUCACAUCUUCCAACUCAAGUGGGCAGUCCACUUCCCGAGGAACGAUGAGACGGUCAGCACCCUCUGUGCCAGGGGCUCCUCAAACCAAAAGAAGGAAACCAUAA